CGCGACAGCAAAAGAGUGCGGAGCGCGUGUGCUGCAGUGAAGCUUGGCUGUCAGUGGAAGAGAAAGACAGAAAAGAAGGAAAUCAAAUCCAAAUUCGCUGCUGCUUCUGCAUAUAGAAAAUACAAAAUGGACGAACUGGCGGUCGAAGUUUGUGGUGAUAAUUGUGCCUAUUAUAAGGGCAUUGUUACCGAUGUGUUCGACGAUGGCGUGCUGGUGGAGUUUGAAAAUGACUGGCAAGAGGAGUCCAAGUUUCAGUUCAGCCAGGUGCGAUUACCACCCGGCGAAACGGUGGCCAACUUCGUCGAACGGAUGGAAGUCGAGGUGUUUUCUCGCUCGGAGGACAACGAAGCUUGCGGCUGGUGGCGUGCGGUGUUAAAAAUGAUGAAGGGUGAGUUCUUCGUCGUCGAGUACGUCGGCUGGGAGCACAGCUACACCGAGAUUGUGCAUUCCGAUCGUAUCCGGCCCGUGAACACAAAUCCUCCAAUCAACACAAAAACCUUCCAUCGGUUCGAGAUUGAGGUGCCGGAGGAAGUGCAAGAGUAUGCUAAAAUCGAUGGUGUUCACCAGGAGUUUCAAAAAGCGAUCCGGGCCGCGAUCUGCCACUACGUUCCAGAGCGUGGAGUACUACGCGUUAUCUCUCGGACCGAUGCUGCCCAACGGCGAGCCGCGAUGAUUCAGGAGAUGCAUUUUCGAAAUCUCAAUCAAAAGGUUAUGUUGCUGAAGAGAACGGAAGAAGCUGCGCGACAACUUGAAUCAACUAAACUGCAUAACUAUGGCGGAUUUACGGAUGAAUUUAAAGUACGGGAGGAUUUGAUGGGUCUAGCGAUAGGUGCACACGGUGGUAAUAUACAGUGCGCACGUAAGCUUGACGGUGUACUCAACAUUGAAUUGGAGGAAAAUACUUGUACCUUCAAGAUUUUCGGUGAAUCGAGCGAUGCGGUGAAGAAAGCUAGAGCCAUGCUCGAAUACAACGAGGAGUCGUUGCAGGUACCGCGCAAUCUUGUUGGCAAAGUGAUUGGCAAAAAUGGUCGAAUCAUUCAAGAAAUUGUUGACAAGAGCGGCGUUGUGCGUGUAAAGGUAACUGCGAUUGAGGGUGAUAAUGAACCAGAGCCAAGCAUACCACGCGAAGAAGGGCAGGUACCGUUCGUGUUCGUGGGAACAGUAGAAUCGAUCGCCAAUGCGAAAGUGCUGCUGGAGUAUCAUUUAAUGCACUUAAAGGAAGUGGAGCAGUUGCGUCAAGAGAAGUUAGACAUCGAUCAGCAACUACGCGCAAUUCAGGGAACAACAAUGAACACGUUGCAGAACUUUGCGAUGAACCGUCGGUCGGAUCGGCCAUAUCAUAAUGAUGGUGACGGCGGAUCACGUCCUAACCGCGGUUUGAUGCGCAAUCGUGGGGGAAGAGGAGGUCGUGGAUCGAAUCCUAGGUACAACUCUCGCCGUGGCGUUGAGCACGACGAAGACUUCAUGCACAAUGACCGAGAACAGCGGGGUAACAAUUACAUGGAGGUUCGCAACAACCGUAUAGUGCAGCGAGGUUUCAGCGAAAAAAGAUUUGGUGGAGGAGGAGGUGCCGGGUCCGGCAAUGGUAAUACAGGGGGUCGAAACGGUAAUGCUUCUGGCGGAGGCGGAGGCAGUGGCGAUGGUGGUCCUGGUGCUUAUAACAGCGGUAGCAGCAAUGGGAAACGUAAUGAUCGCAGCAAACAUCAAACUCAACAACAACAACAACCAAUGCAGCAGUUGAUGGAAGAGCACAACGAUCAUGGCAGCACUCGUGAUCAAGUGAAUCAACGAAAAUCGAACGACGCGUCAUGGAGCGCUGGUUGGAAGGAUGACGGCUGGGAGGAGAAUAAUGCUGAACGUGAAAGCAAUUCAUCGACUGACGGUACCCAACAGCGACUUCGACGGAAGUCCAAGAACUCAGCGCAAAAAGGAAAGCUCAAGCAACAGCAGCCGCCAUUGCCAACAGCGAAUGGCAGUGUGCAAACGGUUGUUGCGGCUGGCAUGGGCAGCAAACCGUCAAUAUCCGCCAGGAACAGCCAAAACAACGGGGCGAGCGUCAAUCAACAAGGUGACAGCGAGGCGGGAACGAAUCUAAACAGCAUGAACUCCAACAAAGGGCAGCCAUCACAGCAGCCAUUGCAGCACCAGUCAAACCAACAACAGGCGCCGGCGACGCCUCACGGUUCAACUGCUCAGAAUCACAUUUCGACAAAAAAUAACGCUGCAAGUACUAACAAUAACAAUACGGGCGGCUCCAGCGUCCCACCGUCAGCUGGAACAUCGAAGCCAAGCUCUAGGCGUGGUGGUCGAGUCGGUCGGGGCAGCAUUGGGUCCGGCAGUGGCAACAAACACAAGCAACCGCCACAGCAGCACCAGCAGCAAGUACAGAAUACAACGGUGGUUCCAGCAGCUGGCCGAGGAUCGGGUGCACCACUCGGUAGUGAUAAGGUGCCCACGGUUGCUAAGACGGACACAGCAGAAGUGGCAGCUGUACGUGUUUCAGAGCCAACGGCAAGCAGCAAGGAAGAAACUCUCCUUAACGGUUCGUCCUAAAUUAGUAAGAAUAAGCUUGCAGUAAUAGAGAGAGAGAGAGAGAAAGAAAGAGGAAGAAAGAAAGAAUGAAAGAAAAAGAGAGAUUUGAGGCAGUUUAUGUUUUACGGAGCAGCUCCUCUUCGUGGUGUUUUUUUUUUAUAUUCGUUGGAAGUAGUGCGAUGUGUGCGAUGUUUAAAUAGUUAUCGAAGCAGUCAAUACGAAGUUACAGAAAACCGCAUCUUUGGUUUGAGUAGAGGGCAAACUAUUUUAUUAAGAAAUGAUUAUGAUUGAUCGUUUUCCUGGUAUCUAUGUGAUCCACGAGUCGUAUAUGUGGCAUCAUCAAGGGAGCCUAUCAAUUUGCGUUAAAACUAAUAGUGAACUAGCGAGCAAGAAGCAAACUGCAUUCUGGCGUAUUUGCGAACUCUUAUCAUAAUCGAUACUAUUUGCUACUAUUUCCAAACGGUCUCGAACAAAAAUGUACCGCCACGCGUCGUUUUCCUAUCUUUCGCUAUUAUGUCGACGAUCCGGUUUAAUUGUUUAUUAAAAUGAUUUAUGUAUGUAACAUCGGAUCGAUAUCAGAGUAUUGGGAUCUUCGGCGCUCAACAACAAAAAUAACUCUACUUUUCAAGGUCGUCGUGUAUUGUCGUAAAACAACUACCCCUUUCCACGUUCCCUUCUCUCCCCGUAUGAGCUCAGUGUACGCAAAUGGUAUAUUUGAAAGUCAGAGCCUAUCGUAUCACGAACCAUUUGCUAUAAUGGAGGUGUAAUAUUAAAACGAGAAACAGUUGUUAGAACAGAAAGGUAAUCUAAUUUCAUAUGCAUUUGCAUGUACUUAUUGUAUCUAAAUUAUUCACACAGACACACACACACACUCACAAUCGCGCGCGCGCGAGAAACCAACAUUAAAUGCAUCAAGUGAGAAUUAAGAGAGUUCUGGCACGGAGAGAAUCAAAGAUUUGGCUUAUGAAUUGUAUUAUAGGAUUAAUGUCUGAGGCGCAGAGCUUGAUGAUGGUAGAUUGCAUUAAGGAGCGCUCUUCAUUCGUAGGAACAUGGAUUAUCAGGAAACAAAUUAAAGUGUAAAGAUACAAGCAAGCAAACAAAACAAACAAAAGGGCAAAAUGUAGCGACUAGUAUCCUUUUUUUUACCUCAGAACCAUUACGAAGCGUGCGCUUUUGAUGCACUGUUUGACACGGAGCGAAAGCGAACAUUUAUUAACAGGUAACUACUACUCACGAUGUGUUGGUUUCGCUGCAUUCGUUUGGCUUUGUUGGAAGAUAGCGCAUAUUGUGUUCAAACAGAGACCAGCUGGUUCCUUUCAGUCUAAGAUCGAUUAUAGCAGGCACUGGCAAGGUAAUGAAUGCCUUGCCAUCUGAUUUGAAUGGCCUGACUUAAAAGUAAUGCCGCGAGAGGCAGCCUCGCGUGAAUGGUGGUGAAUGUGAAUUGAACUGUAACGGACGCAGAUGGGCGCUUGCAACUGCUAGUUGUUUGGCCGGUUUUUCUUUUUAAGUUUACCUUUUUCCAAUAAAACACCAUUUGCUGCCCAAUAACAACCAAUCCCAGAUCGUGUUGCGCGGGGGCACUCCGCCGCCAACAAGCCACUCCAAGGGACGGAAAGGGACGAUUGAUGAAUAAACAUAUGUACCUUGUCUUCAAUUUCAUGACUAAAAA